AUGCCGAAACCAUACGUGAAACCAAAGAGGUAUGUUCCUGGCCCAGGAGAACCAGCACUGCCUCCACAGCUCUCAGAAUUUCAAAAUAAAAGUACGGAUGAUGUAAUGGAGGAGCUUAAUCGUAUGCCAUUCUUCAUGAGCAAGCUGGAUGGAACUGACGGUGAGGGCGGUCAAAACGUUGAGUUGGAAGCCCUCAAGGCCCUGGCUUACGAGGGGGAGCCACACGAAGUCGCGGAAAACUUCAAAAAUCAAGGAAACGAUCUUUACAGGGCAAAACGCUACAAGGAUGCCCGUGAGAUCUACAACCGGGGCAUCGAUAUCAAAUGUGAUGAUUCAAAGGUUAAUGAAUCUUUGUUUUCCAACCGGGCCGCUUGCGAACUCGAGCUGAAGAAUUACAGACGUUGUGUUAAUGACUGCAAGCGGGCUCUGCAAUACAACGUAAAGAACAUUAAAUGUUACUACCGAAUUGCCAAGGCAUUUCUAUUACUAAACAAGCUCGAAGAUGCAAAGCAAGCGGCUGAGUUUGGCUUGAAACUGGAUCCCGAGAAUCAGGCCCUCAAUGCUCUGCGACAAAAUGUUGAUAAAAAAAAGCAGGACGCGGAUGCAUUUGAAGCCAAGAAGCUCAAGGAGCAGACCGAAAGAGAGCGUUUGGAGACAAUUCUAGAGGCCUCGAUGAUCCUUCGUAAUUUCAAAAACGUUGAUACUGCAAAUCCACCAGAACUUCUGGAAGAAGCCAAAAUAUGUCUCGAAAACAAGGAAGACAUGGAAUCCCAACUCAUAUUCCCAGCGAUGGUUCUCUAUCCGAUCAGUGAUGAAUUUGAUUUCAUUGGCGCAGUCGGAGAGUUAAGCACCCCGGAGGACUUGUUGAAUACUCUACUACAGAGGCCCGAGGAGUGGUUCGAGCAACCAGGACAUGAAGAGUAUACGGCCAAAAAGCUCUUCGGUUUCAUGGAGACUGAAGCUGGAGGCUUGAUUAAGGUGGGCAAGAAGGUUACCUUCCAUGAUGUAUUUAAAAUGGAGAAGCCUAGCGUUCCAUUAUUUGAUAAGUCUUUGAGGAUAUAUUUUGUUCCCAAAAGUAAAAGCGAAGCUUGGCUGGCAAAAUGGGACAAGGAAGAGGCAUUAAAGAAGCGUAAAUAA